UGUUUAACGUUAACAGCUUGAAUACAUAAUAUUUUGUUUUAAAUUUUAGAAAAAUUUACAUAAAACAGGCAAUAUUGACUAUUGCCAUUGCCCCAGCCAACUAGGCUACAUAUCUACAGUUAUAUAUUCAAUAUUUACUUAAGCUGGAGCGUGACGAAAUAAAAUUGCAGGGGUUUCUAAAAUUAACCCGCAUCGAGGUGUGGUUUAAAAACAAAAUGGGGCUUUAGGUAGCAACUAAAAGAAAUUUUUUAUUCAGUUUUGCCGCUUCAAAAAUAUGAAAGGUGGCAACAGUGGUUGAUAGUUUUCGAAACUAUCGAUUAAACCCACAUCUGUGGGAGUUCGAAUUUCGAAACAUAGCGGUACUUUCGGUGACGCCAAAUUUUUCAAGCUUAUUUGAAUUCUUUAUUUUUGAAUAAAAAUGUCUUAUUAUGAGUUUGGAACUUGUCCGUACAAUCCGGACCAUCGCAUCAUGCUGUUUCGCAUGCCGGGACACAUUGUCAAAUGCCAGAAGAACUACCGCGGGCCGCCGCUGCAGAUCUGCAAGUACAACGCCACUCAUCGGGUUCUGGACAUGGAGGAGCAUCUGAAGGAGUGCACCUAUUACCGCAACUUCAUCGAUUCUCAGGCCAUGCAAAUUGCAUUAACCAUGCGAAAGGCUCCGAUCCUGGAUGACGGCUCCGACACUAACACUGAACUGUAACUUUAAAAUCAAAAGAACAUGCAUAUACCACGUGGAUGCAUUAACGAUUAUCUUCUUGAAGAAGAUAGACCAGAUUUGUUAUAAUGUUAACCAAAUAUAUUUGUUUCGCUGAGAAUCUUAUGCUAGAAA